AUGGGGACAGCGACUCGGAUUCUACAAUUUGCCCUGCUGGCAGUCGGCGUGUCGGCUACCUUAAAGAGCGAGUGCAACAGUUUGACAGCCAGCGGCAGACGCAGCCGCCUCUCAGAUUUGCUGAAUCCGCGUCCACCCUCACAAUACAAGACAUUUUGCGGCCCAACGCCGCCGGAGUUGGAUACAUGGCACAGCGAGCGGCCUUGCGACGAUGGGCUGUUAUUCGUCGCGCCUGGGGAGAGGAUUGGGGGGGCGGCAGACCACCAAGCCAACGUGGAGGGUCCAGCCAUCUUUCGAACAAAUGGCGACCUGGUGUGGACGCAGAGCGGAUGGGGCCGGACACACGACUUGAAGGUGCAGACGGUUGGCAAUCGGAGCUACAUGACAUUCUGGCACGACGAGAACAGUCGCCAUGAUGGAGGCGGGUCAUUUGUCGUGCUCGACCAAACCUACGAAAUGGUCCGAGAGCUUAGACCGAUUGGCGACAUCUCGUCACGGCCAGUCGAGCUCAAGCUGACAGAUGACGGGACGGCGAUUAUGGUGAUGCACAGUGUCACGCAGAUUCACACGCCGUUCGGGGGCUUACAGAGUGGGUGGAUCGACGACGCAAUCAUCCAAGAGGUCGACUUGAUGUCGAACGAGCUUAUCUCUGAAUGGAGAGCCUCGGAUCAUUUUGAUGCCACCGUGAGCCAGGCUGGUAUCCAGAACCGAGGCGGCACUCCCGAGACAGCAUUCGACUUUUUCCACGCGACGGGCAUCGAUCUUGACCAUAACGGCAACUACGUCAUUUCGUCACGCAACAUGUGCAACGCCGCCGCACUACGUCGCAGCGAUGGAAAGGUGCUAUGGGUGCUCGGCGGCAGCCUCAACUCUUUCGAGGACGGUUCUGCGGGACAAGCGACGGCCAUGAUUGCCAGCCAGGGGGUCCAGUGGCAUGGCGACUCGACACUGCUGCUGCUGGACGGCGGCCAUGUGGCCAAAGUCGAGGGCCGCCCCGGACGGCGGAGCAACGCACGCAUGAUGCAUCUCGACACAACGACCAAUACCGCCGCCGUGGUGCGCAUCUACAGCACGCCCGUGGCCGUGGCAUCAAGCCGAUCCCAGGGCAGUCUGCAGCGUCUCCCCAGCGGGCACGUCUUUGUGGGCUGGGGCGAGCGCGACCCGUCGGCCGCCGCGUACACCGAGUAUUCGGCCCAAGGCGAGACGCUGUGCGCCGCACGCUUCCCGGGGGCGCCGUCUAGGGCCUCGGCCAGGUUUCGGAUGACCCCUCGCCCGCCACGCCUGGGAGGGCGCGUCGUGUCCAAGUACGCGUGGACGGGCACGCCGGCGGCGCCGCCCGUGGUGGUGGUGCGACCGCAGGAGAGCGCGCUGUACGUGAGCUGGAACGGCGACACGCAGACGACGACGUGGCUGCUGCGCAGCAACAACACGGAGCGGCGCGACGGCAGCCUCGGGGCGCGGCGCGUGGUGGAGCGGACGGGGUUCGAGACGCGCAUCCCGAUCCCGCGCGACGUCGGCGAGGUCAUCGAGGUGAUUGGUGUCGACGACCGCGGCGUGGUGCUGGUGCGUUCGGCGCUGAUUUGGAGCGAGGGCGCGAGCGGGACGUGGUCGACGCAGCAGCAGCGGGUGCAGGACUUGGCUGUGAAGGACGAGGGUGGUAGCGGUGUGUCGCCGCCGCUGCCGCCGCUGCCGUCGUGGUGGAAGCAGAGUGUGUUAUUGGGGGAGCAUGGCCGGCUGGUGCUACCGGGUCUCGGGCUGAGUGUGGCUGUCUUUGUCUGGCGUCGAUGGAUUGGCAGGCGGAGGUGGAGGAUGUUGCGGAAGGGAAGAUCGCGGGACCACCAGCGGGAGAUGGCACCAAAGGGCGAGAAGAGUGUGGCCUGA